AUGUUUAUAGAAGAGAUUAUAUUGGAUGGAUUUAAAUCCUAUUCAAAGAGAACAACGGUAGGACCGUUGGAUCCAACGUUUAAUGCAAUCACCGGUUUAAAUGGUUCGGGUAAAUCGAAUGUGUUGGAUUCGAUCUGUUUCGUACUCGGUAUAACCAAUCUCAAGCAGGUGCGUGUCAACGAUCUACAGGAGUUGGUAUAUAAACACGGACAAGCAGGUGUCACCAAAGCGAGUGUAACCAUAGUGUUCAACAAUGAAGAUCCAGAGACAUCUCCAGUCGGAUAUGAAUCAUCGAAAAGAAUAACUGUUACCAGACAAAUUGCUAUUGGAGGUAGAAGUAAAUAUUUGAUCAAUGGUAUCAACGCUCAGAACAAUCGUGUACAAAAUCUAUUCUUGUCGGUGCAACUCAAUGUAAAUAAUCCACAUUUUCUUAUUAUGCAAGGUAGAAUCACCAAGGUAAUCAAUAUGAAACCACCUGAAAUUCUUGGUAUGAUUGAAGAAGCUGCCGGUACAAGUAUGUUUGAAAAGAAAAAGAUACAAACACUUGGUAUAUUAGAAAAGAAAUCAAAAAAAGUUGAAGAAAUUGUUAGAGUUUUAAAUGAAGAUAUUACACCAAAUUUAAAUAGAUUGAAAGAGGAAUCAUCAUCUUAUAUGCAAUAUACAGCGAGUGUUGAUGAACAGGAAAAGUUGUUUAGAUUCAUCACUGCCUAUGAUUACUCAGAGGCGAAUGAAAUGGUGCAGAAUCAAUCGAAUGGCAUUGAGGAUAUAAAGAAUCAGAAGGAGCAAAGAGUCAAGGAGAAGGAGGAGAUCGCACUGAACAAUGAGAAUCUAAAGAAACAAUUGAAAAAGAUGGAGCGAUCCGAUAAGGACAACGAUAUGUCAGAGAUGGAAUCAAAGAAUGAAAAGUGGUCGAACGACAUGGUCAAACAUCAGACCAAUCUGAAGAACAAGCGCAAUGAAAUAGAGAAGGAGCGAGCAUCUAUCAGUGGUCUGGCGCAAUCAAAGCAGGAGAUUGUCACUUCGAUCGCCAAGAAGAAGAAGGAACGUGACUCGCUGAGUGCCAAGAUCAAGGAUAUCGUUGGUGAGAACGAACAGCUCGCCGAGAAGCUAAAGACCAGUCAGAAGAAGUUGAACGAUUUCAAUGCCGGUAUCAUAGCGGAUGGUGACACUGAGAAUGGUAGUUUCACAGAGCAGUUGAUGGAGGCAAAGCGUGUGGCGGUGGAAGCGGCAUCCGAGUACAAACAGGCAGAGAUAAGAAUCAAACAUCUCAGUGGCGAGCUACAACAAAAGAAAAAGAUGAAACAGGAUACCAUUGACCAUGCCAAGAUGCAAGAGGAAUACAAUGCGGUUGCCAAGGACGUCGAGAAGCUGAAGAAGGAGUUGGAGUCGGUUGCGUUCAACGCCGAGAAGCUGGAGGAGCUACAAACCAGGAAGCGUGACACCGAACCAAAGGUGUUCCAGCUCAGCGAGAAGGUGGGGAUCAUGGCCGCACAGAUGUCGGGAAUGGAGUUUAGCUAUAGCGAUCCGAGCCGUGACUUUGACCGCUCGAAAGUACGUGGUGUCGUUGCCAAUUUGAUUACGUUGCGUGACGCCGACACUGCGACGGCACUCGAGAUUUGUGCCGGUGGCAAACUCUACAAUAUCAUUGUCGAAGACGAACAGACUGGUAAGGCGUUGCUUGCCAAGGGUGAGUUGAAACGUCGUGUUACUUUCUUGCCGUUGAACAAGAUCGACAAGCGAACUAUCGAGUCAGAGAAAGUGAAUCGCGCCAAAAGCUUGGUUGGAAAAGACAAUGUUAAACCGGCAAUCGAUUGGAUUCAGUACGAUAAGAGUCUUACCAAUGCAAUGAACUUUGUGUUUGGUACUACUUUUAUUGCGAAGGACAAGAAGCAAGCGCAUGAUGUUGCGUUCGAUCCGGCUGUGCGUGUAAAAACUAUCAGUUUGGACGGUGACGAGUACAAUCCUGCCGGUACACUUACGGGUGGUUCCAAGUCACAGUCGGGUUCGGUGUUGUCACACAUCCAAAAGUUGAAUGAAAUGAACGGACAACUCUCGGGGUUACGUGGCGAACUGGAAAAGGUCAACUACGAGCUGGCCAAGUUGCAAACCGGUGCCGACAAGCAUCGAUCACUCAGCCAGAUACUGCAGUUGAAGGAGCACGAACUGUCGUUGAUCAACUCGCGUCUGAAUUUGAAUCCACAUCAUCAACUGGUAGAGAGUAUCAAAGAGAUUGAAAAGAAGAUCGAAGACGACACACUCCUCUUGAAACAAUCGAAACAACGUGAGUCGGAUUCACUCAAGAAACAAGCGGAACUCGAGAAACAAAAGAACAACUUCCAAUCGAUUCGUGACCAGCAAUUGAAAGCUAUCGAAAAGACACUGGCCGACACGAAGGAGUCAUUCAACCGAUCCAACAAGAUCGUGAAGAACGAGCAACAAGUCAUUGAGAAGACAACUCUCGAGAUUGAAGAGUUGGAGUUGGAACUGAAAGUGUUGUCCGAGCAGACCUCUGGUAAUGAAUCAACAGUUGCCGCAAUGGAAAAGGAGUUGGCAGCGUUGGAACAAGAUGCAGAGAAACUCAAAGACAACCUCGACAAUCUCCGACAGUCGCUGGCCACCAAGAGAGAGGAGAUCAAACGUCAAUCCGAAAAGUACAAUCAACUCACCAACGAAAUCGAUCAGAAUCAACGUCGUUCCGGUGAAAUCGACUUGGAACUCAAGAAACUGGAACACAAACUCGAAAGAUCUCAAAAGGAUGGUAAAGAUGCUGAAAAGAGAAUAAUAGAUAUGAAUAAUAGAUAUAAGUGGAUUAAAUCAGAGAAACAUAUGUUUGGUAAACCAAAUACAGAAUAUGAUUUCAAUUCAACAAGUAUUAAAUCAGCAAAAAAUAGAUAUAAUCAGCUACAAUCUGAAUUGGAGAAACUAUCAAAGAAUGUUAACAAAAAAGUUAUUUCUAUGUAUGAAAAGGUUCAACAGGAAUAUGCUGAUUUGGUUGCAAAGAAGAAUAUAGUUGAAAAAGAUAAAGAAAAGAUUGAAAAAGUUAUUUUCGAAUUGGAUGAAAAGAAAAAUGAAAGUUUAAAGACAACUUGGAAAUCUGUUAAUAGGGAUUUUGGUGAGAUCUUUUCAACGCUAUUACCAGGUACCAAAGCAAAGUUACAUCCGAUCGAAGGUGAUGGUAAGCUAGAUGGUUUGGAGGUGAAGGUGGCAUUCGGUGACGUCUGGAAAGAGACAUUGAGUGAGUUGAGUGGUGGACAGAAAUCAUUGUUGGCACUCUCACUGGUACUGGCGCUAUUGAAGUUCAAACCGGCACCGUUUUACAUUCUCGAUGAAAUCGAUGCUGCCCUCGAUCUCUCACACACCCACAACAUCGGUACCAUUCUAAAGACCAGAUUCUCAACCUCACAAUUCAUAGUGGUCAGUCUCAAAGAGGGUAUGUUUAACAAUGCCAACGUAUUGUUCCAAACCAACUUUAAAGACGGUGUAAGUGAAGAAACUGAAAAAGUGGCUAGUAUAAAUAAUAAUCAUUAUCAGCAACACAUUGCUGAUGACGAUGAAGAUGAAUAUGAAGAGGUAGAAUAUGAGGUUGAAUACGUAGAGGAGGAAGUUGAAGAGGAAAUAGAGGUAGAUGAACAUGGUAAUCAAAUAAUAACACAAACAGUAGUACAUAGUAAUAAUAAUAACAACAAUAAUAAUAGCAAUGUAAAUGGUAAAUCUAAUGGUCAUACUCAGCAGGUGGAUGACGAUGGUGAAGAGUAUGAAGAGGUCGAAGAGGAAGUCGAUGUUGAGGACGAUGACGAAGACGACGGUGAGGAAGCAGAGGAAUAUAUUGAAGGUGGUCAAGAGGAAGAUAUCGAACCGAUACUGAAUUACACUCGUUUCGGAAAUGGUGUCACCGAGAUUCUAAAGAAAGACGCAGCGAGUUGCAUGGCUGUACAUCCAAAAUUCAUAGUUUUAGGUACUCAUUGGGGUUCAGUUUCGAUUCACGAUUUCGAAGGAAACAAAAUAGAGAGAUUCGACUCUCAUUCCGCUACAAUUACAGAGAUUGCAAUUGAUCCUUCCGGUGAUUAUAUUGCUUCUUGUUCUGAAGAUGGUAAAGUUAUUAUUAAUCCAUUCGAUAGAUCAGGUGAAACUAUGACAUUUUCAUAUGUUAGACCUAUUACAGCGAUUGCAUUGGAUCCAGAGUUUGCACAUAAGAAUACCAGACAGUUUGUUACUGGUGGCAAGGGUGGUCAGCUCAUUUUGAAUUCAAAGGGUUGGUUUAGAUCGAAGGAAACGGUGAUACAUCAGGGUGAAGGUCCGAUCUACGCGAUCAAGUGGUGUGGCAAUUUCAUAGCGUGGGCGAAUGAGCACGGUGUAAAGAUAUACGAUUGCAGUACGAACAUGAGAAUUGCGCAUAUUCCUCGUAAGGAAGGAUCACCGCGUGGCGAACUUUUUAGAUGUUGUCUGUGUUGGGAACGACCGGACACAUUGAUUAUUGGAUGGGCGAAAUCGGUGGAGGUCAUUCAGAUAAUUGAGCGUGUCGAAGCCAGUGGCGCUGCGGCAAAGAUUGCUCAGAUCACCAAUCAGUUCUCAACGAAAUAUUGGAUCAGUGGAAUCGCUCCGUUUGGCGAGGAUCUUGUUAUUCUGGGAUAUAAGGACGGCGCUAUCGAGGGACAUUCCGAGCCGUCCGCCACUGCCGCCACACCAAAGAUGUCGUCGCCAAACAACGCGACUGGCGCGUGGAACCAGGGUCGUGUCGACCAGGCAGAGAAACCAUCGAUCUACAUCGUCUCGAGAAAGACCAAUCAGGCAAUCACAACCGAUCAUCUCAAUGUCAAUGGAUUCGAACACUACAAGGCAACAGACUACCGACUGGAUUACAACACUGCGGAAUCGAUAUUUUAUAUAGUUUGUCCAAAGGAUGUGGUCACUGCCAAACCCAGAAAUCUUGAGGAUCACUUAAAAUGGCUGAUGGACAAGAAUCGCUAUGACGAAGCACUCGAGGAAGUCGAGAAAGACAUGAAGACAAUCAAGUCGUUGCCACCCGCGAAAAUUAAGGAGAUCGGUGAAAAAGACGAAGCCAUCAAUCUGCUGGUUGCCAACACUGACAAGAUUCCAAUCAAGACGGUGGUCAAUCAGCUCGGACACAAACCAGAAUACAUUCACCACUAUCUCCACACGCUAUUUACCAAAGACUCGAGAAUCGGUAUGGAUUUCCACGAGAUGCAAGUGGCACUCUACGCUCAGUACGAUCCAAAACUACUGCUACCGUUCCUCAAGAACAGUAUUUCCUACAAUCUCGACAAGGCAUUCCAGGUUUGCAAAGAGAAGAAUCUAUAUGAAGAGAUGGUGUAUAUUUUAGGUAGAAUGGGUAGUGCUAAGGAAGCACUCAAUCUCAUUCUCGAUAAGCUCGGUAGAAUCAAAGAUGCCGUCGAGUUUGUAGAGCAACAGAAGGAUAACGAUCUCUGGGACUACUUUAUCAACAAAUCCAUUACAAAUCCACGUUAUGUAUCGGAGCUACUAGAGAAUAUCGGUAGUAAUGUCGAUCCUAUCAAGUUGAUUCGUUUGAUUCCCGAUCGAAUGGAGAUUCACAAUCUUCGUAAUCGUUUGGUCAAGAUUCUCAGUGACUACAACCUACAGAUGUCACUCAGAGAGGGUUGUAAAGAAAUUUUAAAGAGCGAUUGUGUCUAUCUGUCAGAGACACACUUGCAAGCUCUCAAAGCCGGUCAUAGUUUGGAGGAAGACGCCAAGUGUGCCACUUGUAACCAAUCGAUCGUCACUAUCAAACCGGAUUGUGCCAUUGUACUCUAUUUCUGUAAUCAUGCUUACCACAACCGUUGUCUAAAGACAUCGGAGCAAGCUGCCAACACUCAACAAACCAAUCAAUCCAAUCAAUCCAAACAACCAGCAUACGAUCAACUUGAAUUUGGUUUCUGUCCAAUUUGUCAGUCCAACGCAAACAAAGUUAGUAAAGGUUCAAGAAAGAUUGGUUAA